CCCCUGGUCUCAUAUUCAGUCUCUGCUUCAGAGGAUAGAGUCCUCUCUCUCCCUCUGAUCCUGAUUUUAGAUAAUGGGCUGUGUGCAAUGUAAGGAUAAAGAAGCAACAAAACUGACAGAUGAGAGGGAUGGCAGUUUAACUCAAAGCUCAGGCUACCGCUAUGGGACAGAUCCUACUCCGCAGCACUAUCCUAGCUUUGGUGUGACUUCAAUCCCAAACUACAACAACUUCCAUGCCACAGGAGGCCAAGGGCUGACCGUUUUUGGUGGAGUCAACUCCUCCUCUCAUACAGGGACGCUGCGUACAAGAGGAGGAACAGGUGUAACUCUUUUUGUGGCGCUUUAUGACUAUGAAGCAAGAACAGAAGAUGACUUGAGUUUUCACAAAGGAGAAAAAUUCCAGAUACUUAACAGCUCGGAAGGAGACUGGUGGGAGGCCCGUUCCUUGACAACAGGCGAAACUGGUUACAUUCCCAGUAAUUAUGUGGCUCCAGUCGAUUCCAUCCAAGCAGAGGAGUGGUACUUUGGCAAGCUUGGCCGAAAAGAUGCUGAGAGGCAGCUGCUGUCAUUUGGAAACCCUAGAGGUACCUUCUUGAUCCGGGAGAGCGAAACUACCAAAGGUGCCUAUUCCCUGUCUAUUCGAGACUGGGAUGAUAUGAAAGGAGAUCAUGUCAAACAUUAUAAGAUUCGUAAACUUGACAAUGGUGGAUAUUAUAUCACAACUCGGGCACAAUUUGAAACCCUUCAGCAGCUGGUUCAGCAUUACUCAGAGAAAGCUGACGGUUUGUGUUUUAACUUAACUGUGAUUGCUACGAAUAAUACCCCACAAACUGUUGGAUUGGCUAAAGAUGCAUGGGAAGUUGCACGUGAUUCAUUAUUUCUGGAACAGAAGCUUGGUCAGGGGUGUUUCGCUGAAGUGUGGCGUGGUACAUGGAAUGGAAAUACUAAAGUGGCUAUCAAGACCCUGAAGCCUGGUACCAUGUCUCCAGAAUCCUUCUUAGAGGAAGCCCAAAUCAUGAAGAAGCUAAAACAUGACAAAUUGGUCCAACUUUAUGCUGUGGUAUCUGAAGAGCCUAUCUAUAUUGUCACAGAGUACAUGAGUAAAGGGAGUUUGCUAGAUUUCUUAAAGGAUGGAGAAGGAAGAGCUUUGAAGUUACCGAAUUUGGUGGACAUGGCGGCCCAGGUGGCUGCAGGAAUGGCGUACAUUGAGCGGAUGAAUUACAUACACAGAGAUCUGAGGUCUGCAAACAUCUUGGUGGGCAAUGGCCUAAUAUGCAAGAUUGCUGACUUUGGAUUGGCAAGGCUGAUUGAAGACAAUGAAUAUACAGCCAGACAAGGUGCAAAAUUUCCCAUUAAAUGGACUGCGCCAGAAGCUGCACUGUAUGGAAGGUUCACAAUAAAGUCAGAUGUGUGGUCUUUUGGGAUCCUACUGACGGAGCUGGUAACAAAGGGGAGAGUGCCAUACCCAGGCAUGAAUAACCGUGAAGUCUUGGAGCAAGUAGAACGAGGUUAUCGGAUGCCGUGUCCUCAGGACUGUCCCAUCUCCUUGCAUGAGCUUAUGAUUCACUGCUGGAAAAAAGACCCAGAGGAGCGUCCAACUUUUGAAUAUUUACAGGGUUUUCUUGAAGACUACUUCACUGCAACAGAACCCCAGUACCAGCCUGGUGACAACCUGUAAAUCCCUGAUUUCCAGACACUGUCAUGAAUUACCAGGUGUUUCUUAGCCCUGUCCCACCUGCUCUUCACCUUCCGGCUCUGUGAUCAGCUUCUCCAGAGUGCAACAUCUUCCAGCACUGCAGUGCACAGGAGGGGCUGAAGCUGGGAACUUCCACAGCCCUUGCCUAUGACCACUUGUCCUAAUAAUCUGAAUGUCCUGGAUGAAAAGGAGAAAAACACUUGUUUUUUCUUAAUCAGAGACUCCAAAACUGCAUUGUAUUGAUGUUAUGUAAACUGCAAAACCUCUGUUCAUUGUAAAUAGUAACUCAGUGCCAAUAACUGAUCCUAGUGCUUUCCUUUUUUUAAAAUGCAAAACUUAUGUGAUUUUAACUAGUCUUCUCCUGAUUCAACUAAAAGUAUUAUUUUCCAGAAGUGGCCUCUUUGUCUAAAACAUUUUUUUUUUCAUGUUUUAACAAAUAAAAAAUCAGGACAGGUGUUUGGGUUUUUGCUUUUUUAUAUAUAAAAUAUAUAUAAUAUAUAUACAUACCUGUACAUACAGUAUAUGGGUGCUAUUGCAGAGGAGGCUCAUUUGGAAUUGAAUGAAUCCUGCUGCAACUGUACCCAGAAAGCGAUAAUUUUACUGCAGACAUGAAAACACUGGUAGGAUUCUGAAAGCCAGUGAUCUAAUUUUUGGCUUUUGCCAAGCAUGAUUUUUUUAAAUUGGAUUGCACUUUUUGUUUAUGAUUAUGUACCUGUAGAUGGUUGUAACUUUGCUCUUUCAGGAAUCACGUGCUGUAUUUACAGUAAUGUUUCCAAUGUUUGAGAAGUGUGUGAUGAUUUGUUCUUGAAAUUUAAACCAACAUAUUUAAAGCAAGAAAAUACACCAUCACCGUUCGAACUGGAAAAUUGAAACUGCAAGGACUUCUUGUGUCAAAACACGUAUACUGAAAUGUUUCAAAAAAAAGAUUUAUUAAGCAGUGUAACCACAUUCAGAUGGUCUUAAAAUAAUAGCAUUUUAGCCAUGUCCCCCUGCUAAACUGUUGUUCAUGCAACUAGAAUUUUUCUGUUUUAUGUAUAACAUUUUCCCAUUGUAAAAUAAGUGUGUUAAUUGUCCUGUACUGCUAAUGAAAUUACUUUCUCUGUGUCUGCAAUUUCUCCAGUGGAAUUACUAUGCACUUCUUUACAUUUCAUGGGGGAUGCACAGAACAAAGUAUUACCUUUUCAGUUGUCUGUACCAGCCUUGAAUUACUU